GAGAGCUGGCAUCUCCUCUCAGCCUAACCUUCACUUCUCUCUGUAACAGACAGUUCCAGGCUUCUGCAGCUCAUGUCCCCUAAAGCAAUCAAAUGCAACUGUGCUCUCAGUAUAAUGAAGUCAAGGAGCUUGGCUUUCCAUUGUUUUCCUAUAUGCAAAAUACUAAUUAUUUUUUAAAAUUUCUCUUCUAAUAUUUGCUAAUCUCAUCUUUUAUUUUGAUAUUAAGGUUUUGUUUUUAAACUCCCACAUACAACAAGGGCACAGAGUAGACGUUUUAGCUAUGUUCAUUUUCUAGUUGAAGCAAUGGGUCUGAUCGAUGCUUUCAUCUUUCGUGUCUGUUUCAUCUGUUUUUGGCUGCAUUAUUAGCAACAUCGAUGCUCAUAAUUGCAUCAGAAACAUUCCACCUUUCUCACUGACUUGUGACAUGCAUGUGGUUAUGACUCAAUGAAAUGAAGUUUGCUAAGUUAAAAGGGAAGACAGUGGAGGCUUCUGUGAUUGCUUUAUUAAAGGAUUCCAGAAACAUCCUGGGUGUCCGUCAGUGGACAAGUGGGUAAAGAAUCCGUGGUGUAUAUAGAUACCAUGGAAUAUCAGCCUUACAAAAGGAGGAGCCCCUGCCACCUGCCACAUUUGCCCUCUUUAGUCCUGGAGGACAUUAUGCUACAUGAAAUAAGCCUGACACAAAGAAAAAUAAUGUGUGAUCUCACUUACGCGUGGAAUCUUUUUAAAAACGAUUAUUGAAAGGAGUUGAAUUCAAGCUUUGGAGUUAGAAAGAUCUGUGAUCUAACCUGGUGUCUACCACUUAGGAGCUGGUGACCUUUAGAAGCCUAUCUUGACCAUAGAAACGGCCUUGAUGUCAGGACAAUGGUCUCCCCUCCUGGGGGAGUUAUGAGCAGGUGUCUGAUACACAGCACACCCUCAGUAACAGUGAGUUUUUAUGCCCUCUCUCCCCUUACCCUCACAAAUUGCACACUUGUCACAAGUGGCACGCAGCUGCUGAGAUCCCGAAGUGCUUUCAGGAUCAGUAUGUAGGUAUUAUGUAGUGUCAGACUGGCAAUUAGCAGUGUGUAUUGUAUCAAAUUCUGCUACUUCGACUAUUGCUAAUGCAUGCUUGCAAUUGCAUCCCACGAGAACUUCCCAGGUAGCCCCCCUAUGUCUACACUGUGCUGGCCAGGCCACGAAGAAUGUGAUGCCAUGUGAUUGUCCCCGUACGUCCGGAGUAUUUUAGCUUUUGGAAGGAGCUGCCACCGACAUGACAAUAUUUCCUUGGUGCUCAUCCCGUGAAGUGGGCAGGGCAAGUUAAGAGCAUCCCAUUUUGAGGAUGGGAAAACUGAGCCCGGGAGAAUAGAUUUGUUGUGGGGAAAUGGAGACCAGAGAGUCUGAGUGACUUAUCUAAGACCACGCAGCUACUAAGCGGGUGAGUCUGGACUUGAGCUGAGAUCUGGUGGCUCCAAGCCCAGGGUUGCCUCACCCCACCCAGCUGCGUCUCGGAAGGGCACUGCGUCGGAUUCUUCUCCGUCCCAAUUUACGUAAUGUUUUUCUCUCCAUGAGAGCACUGUACUGUGUUUCUACAAAAUAUGAAUGUUUUUCUGAAAUCGGCCAAAAUCUUCGUCAUCCAGAUGUUGAUAAACAGCGCGUGCAAUGGCCCGCUUGUUGCUGCCGUCCUCCCAAAGGCAGCUUUGUCUUGGGCCUGCUGACAUCAGUGCCCAGUGCCCACAGAUGACACAGGGCUCUGGGAGGCUGCGUUCAGUCCCUUGCAGCACCUGUCGGCUUGGCUGGUGUUGGCAUGAAGGGCAGUGGUGACAUCCCUUGAGCAAGAGGACCCUGACCUAAGAGGCCUAGAUGUCCCUCUUGUUCCAACAGCACCCCAGAAGAAGAGGGGCUUAGUGCUGUGAGUCUGGGCACUCUGCUUCAUCCACAGAAACCCAGGAGUUGUUCGGCAGCCUCCUGGAGUGGUGGAAAGAGGUCGUCACCAGAAGGCCCAGGUCCUGGUGACAGCUAACAAGUGUGAACUUGGGCAACCCAUUCAAAUCCUUGAGCCUUGGAUGAUUCUCUCUGACAUGUGGGCGCAGGAUUGCCAAGAGACAGACGGGAGCAGAGUCCCCACUGCGGCGUGGGGCUGAUGGGGCCAACAGAAUCGAGGGACGUAUUCUUUGGGACAGGCUCCAGGGGAAAUUAGGCAUUGCAGGUGCUUAAAACACUUGGUUCACAGGAUUUUCUCAUUUGCUAACCCGUCUGAAUCCCAAUCCACCAGUGAGUCAGCUAAAAUAGGCAUUUCAUCAAUCUGGCCUAUGUUGGGACCAUCGUUCAGGUUGGCUGUAAGUCACAAGGACAGAGCCAUUUGGGAGUCCUGCCUUACAAGGGCUCUAACUGUUCUCAUCUGUCCAUGAGCUAAUUGCUGAUGCGUCUCUGGGUCUUGAUUUCCUUUUCUGUAAAAUGAGGGUUUUGAGGUAGAUGAUCUUUGAGGUAAUCCAGGUGUGAAAUACUAUGAUUCUUUUGUCCUUCCUGAGAUUCCUAUUGUCGGAUAAUAUUUAAUUUUAAAACUCAGCAAACACAUUGCUUCUGUAACAACAGAACUUGGUCCUGGGAGGCAGUGGGAGGAGGAGCUGUAGAGUGGGGUGAACCUUGGGGUCGGGGGCUGGGGCUAAAGGAGAGCUAGUGGGGGGGCAUUAAUCAGGGGUGACUGGGCCCAAGGGCUGAGGGGCCAGAAAGUGGAAACAAGACCACCUCAGCACGGGGAGAGAGAAGGGUCAGCCCACACCCCGCCCACUGCUCCCGUCUAGGCGGGCAAGGGACUUGGCAAGGAGCGGCCUGGAAAGACUGGCAUGACAAGGCCAAACUGUGGUGAUGGGAUGGGGACAGGGAGGAGAAAGGAGCCACCCGGGUGCUGGGCAGGCCUGGCCCAGAUAAGUGGGCAUAUGGGCAGGCUAUCCGGUGCCCCACUGAGCCCGCGAUCUUCACAUAUUGACUCCGUAUUUGGGGGGAGGCGAGACUGGCUGCUGAGUGAGGGGAGAGCUGAGAAGGGUCAGCUCCGGCCUAGAGCUCCUGCCUCGGACUCAGCAGGGGCCUCGUCUCCUUGGGUUCACUCUCCUAGGAAGGUGAUCGAGGGGUUAGGAGUUCUAGUUAGACCAUGCCCCUUGCGGGUCUUACCUUCUGCUCCAAGCAAAAAGUACAAAGUAUUUGUAUUGUACAAAAAGUACAAAGUAUUCACAUAGCUCUCUCCCUGAAAGGAGUUCUGGGGGAGAAAAAAAUAAUUUUCAGUGCUUUGCUGAAUUUCUAGUAAUGGUUUUGCUGCCCUCGUGGACCAGGGCCCUCAGGAAAUAGCCUGGCUGGCUGGCCCCUCAGCGGGCCAAGGGGAGAGGAGGAGGACUGACUUGAUGCUGAGGGGGUACUCAGGACCUCAGGCUCCUUUGCUCCCCUCCCUCCUCUGGGACCAAGACUGGGGACGAAGACUGGGGCUGGUUGAGCCUCUGGGAUCAAGGACUCUCCUGGGAUCCCCAGGACUGGUGAGUUUGGGGGAGGGGGAGGGAGCUUGCACAUUUCCUUCUCUCUUGCAGAGCUUUUCACUGAACUUCACGCUGCCAGGGAACACGGUAAGUAUAGCCGCCCCCGCUCACCAGACUUCCUCUCCUGUUGUCACGGGUGGGAAAGAAGUGGACUGUGGGCCAUCUCUCGGGUUGGCGGCAGGCAUCCCGUCCAUCGUGGCCACAGCCCUGCUGGUGGCUUUGCUGUUUACUUGGAUCCAGCGAAGAAGAAGUAGCAUUGAGUCCAUGGAGGAAAGUGAAAGACCAUGUGAAAUUUCAGAAAUCGAUGAAAGUCCCAAGAUAUCUGAGAAUCCUAGGAGAUCACCAACACAUGAGAAGAACACAAUGGGAGCACAAGAAGCCCACAUAUAUGUGAAGACAGUAGCAGGAAGAGAGGAGCCCAUGCAUGACCCUUACCGUCCUACUGUGGAAAUGGAGAGAAGGAGGGGACUGUGGUGGCUUGUGCCCAGGCUGAGCCUAGAAUGAGGUGGCUCAGUCCAGGAGAAGACCUGGAGCUGAGACAGGCUGAAAACCCAGGAAUUUGUACUUGGAGAGGAGAGAGGCCACCUUACUUCUUAACCAAUCCAAGUUUCACUUACAGAUCUGGAACACUUGUGGAUUGAUUUGUCUCUUUAGGGGACAGCUCAA